UGCUUUCCAAAAACGAGACAGAGAAAAACGUUUCGCUUCCUCCGUACUGCCUCAGGAUGUACAAGGCGUCGCUUCAGUAGAACAAAUGAUUUACACACCCUGAAUAGCGAAAAUACGAACUCUCAUUUGGGUUUAUGCCACUUGAGUAUACUGUAUAGUCACAACAAGUUUAACUUAAUGUGCGCUUAUCGACGGAACAUCGGUAGCUGAGAAGGCAUCUGGGCCAGGACAGUAAUACAAGCAAAAAUGAAAAUGAUUUGGAUAUACAGUGUCAUUGCAAUCUUGUGCCACAAUGAGAUCCAGAGCUCCAAUGGACAGGAGUGCUCCAGCACCCAGGAGCUACAGGCCUCGCUGCGGCAGGCCCACAAGCUGCUGUCGGCCCAUGAGGCCUCCUACCUGCAGAGCCUGCGAUCGCUCAGGAAGAAGCUCAGUCUGCUGCAGAAGGCGGCGAGGACGGAGCAGCCGACCAAACCUAGCAAUGCAACCUGCCCCCUGCUGGAGGCGCCCCCUAAUGGCAGGAAGCUCGGCAUGGCCCUGGGGGUGGGCCACGAGGUGCACUUUCUGUGUGAGCCUGGGUACGAGCUGCUGGGCGCGGAGAGUCGGGUGUGUAUGGAAUCCUUGAGCUGGAGCGGCCAGCCGGCCCUGUGCAGGAACGUGGACGAGUGCGUAUCUGCGCCCUGUCUCAACGGAGGAACGUGUGUGGAUGACGUCAACCGGUUUAUCUGUUUAUGUCCCAGAAAUUGGAUGGGUCCUUCCUGUCAGACCCCAACCCUCACCUUCCUCAGCACUGUAAUCAAUGGCUCCUUGACCAUCUCCCCAUCUCCGCCUCCCUCGCCCUUCGUGCGCCCAGCGCAGUGCACCCAGCUACAGGGAUCGACGCGCUGCUCCUGCGAGGCCGGCUUCGCCAUCUCUGGCCGGGACAACCGCCUCUGCACAGAUGUUGACGAAUGCACGCUGUUCCAUGAGGGCCAAGGGGGACGUCUGUGCCUGCACAACUGUGUCAACACCCCUGGGGGCUACCGCUGCACAUGCCCCUCAGGAUAUAACAUCACACGGGACAGCCGUGGCUGCAAGGAUGUGGACGAAUGUGCUGACAGGCAGCACACCUGCACCCAGGAGCAGCUCUGUGUCAACACCUAUGGGGGUUUCCAAUGUGUGCGUGUGGAGUGCCCCCGCAUCAGAAACGCCACCUACUCCCAGACCUCAGCUACGCGCUGUGAGCGGAACCCCUGCCCCGUGGAUAAUAAGGGGUGCCUCAAGGCUCCCAACUCAGUCAGCUUCCACUUCCUGUCAGUGGUGUCCAACCUUCCAGCCCCCCGGGUCCUGUUCCGGGUGUCCGCCACACGCAUGCUAGGUGACACGCUGCGCUUCGGGCUGCUGGGGACGCGCGGCCGGCAACACUUCACCGUGCAGCGCUCAGACCGCCAGACCGGACAGUUGAUGCUGACUCGGCCAGUGGAGGGCCCUGCCACGUUGGAGGCCGAGGUGGAGAUGAGCGAGCUGGAGAAGGGGAGCGUGCUGGGACGUUACAUUACCCGGGUCACCCUCUUUGUCUCACAGUAUCACUUUUAGAACGGGGGGGGCGGGGCUAGUUAUGGUGGGCGGAGUCAGGUGAGGGACUGUCUGGGGGGACUUUAGAAAAGCACCUCUGCCUCUUAGUGUGAGCAGACUCACUUAUGCAUGUCACACGAGUGUUUCCUUCAGUGCCACAGAAACACUUUCCCCUGUUUCUUCAAAGGCUGAGGUUAGGGUUAGGCUUGGGUUAGGGUUAGGUGGACCUCUGACUUUGGGCGGAAGGAACUUCAGCAAAAGUUCCUAGGUACAGAAACUCUAUUGAAAGGGCAGUUAUGGGUCACGUGAGAAAGCGUGUGCUGGAAUGAACGUGGGCCCGGACCUGUGUGUGACAGCUCAGCCCAACCCCUCAGCUGCACUCCAGACGGUGCCCUUUAACAGACAAAUAACACAUAAAAAAGGCUCUGCUGAGCUCCUGGCCACUUCGUUUGCGUUGCACGUUAUGCUUAAUUACAUUGUUUUGUUUCCAUGGUUAAUACAUAUAAUGCGAUUUUUUUAAAAAAAAAAACCUUUUGGCCUCUGUAUCACAUUACUGUGAAUAAAGU